AUGUCCUCUCCCACAACCUUUGUACAAGGCUCCGAGGAGCCCGAAGCAGGGCGAGCCGACCUCCAAGCAAAGGCCCACUGUCCCGUCUGUAAGAAGUACUUCAAGGACCCAGUGACCAUCAAGUGUGGGCAUAACUUCUGUCUCACCUGCAUCCGUGAAUUCUGGAAGGAUCUAAAGGAUCGUUUCCCCUGCCCUGUUUGCCACUUUAACUGCCCAGAAAGGAGUUUUCAGAGUAAUGAACAGCUGACCAAGAAGACCAAAGUUGCCAAGCCGCUCCCUGUAAAAAAGACCAAGAAGAGAAAGCUGGAAGAGAAGUUUUCCUGUGAGACACGCCAAAAGCUUCCGGACCAAGAGGUCCCGGCCACUUCCUGGGAGAAGGACCAAGAGGUCCCGGCCACUUCCUGUGAGAAGGACCAAGAGGUCCCGGCCACUUCCUGGGAGAAGGACCAAGAGGUUCCCUGUCCACAGCGCAGCCUCGUCCCCAGUCACACGGGGGACUCUGUUUGGCCCAUAGAGAAGGCCGCCCUCAGUCCUCGGGAAUAUAUUGAGUGUUACGUUAAGCUGUGGAGGGAGAAGGUGGAGCCAGAGGAGAAAACACUCGCCUCACAAAGGAGGAGGUUACUAGAACUGAAGAAAUGGGCAGAGCGCCGAGGAGAAGAGCUGGCGCUUGAAUACCAACAGUAUAGGUCGUUUCUCCGCGGGGAACGAGAGAACAUGCGUGAGCAGUUACAAAACGAAGAGACGGCUGAAAUGGCCAAACUACAGGAAAACCUGGCCAAGUUCUCAGACCACAUCGCUUCCUUAAAGUGUCUGUGGAGGAAGGUGAAGAGCAAGUAUGUAAGGCCAGAACUGGAAUUGCUGACCGGGCUUAAAGAUUGCUACGAGAGACCCGAUAGCUUCAGAUGCCCUGAUAUACUCUCAUUUACACUGAAGGAGUAUGGCUUCCGGUUUCCUCCACAGUGUUCUGGCUUGGACAGAAUUAUCAAGCGAUUUCAAGUUGAUGUACUUCUGGAUCCUGGAACGGCAUACUGUAAACUUACGGUCUCAGAAGAUAGAAAAGCUGUGCAAUAUGGAGGAAGGCAGAGGUUACCAUAUAGCUCGAAAAGAUUUCGACGGUACCCUAUUGUUCUGGGGUCUGAAGGAUACAGUUCUGGCCGACAGUACUGGGAGGUAGAUGUGGAAUGCAAAAAUGAAUGGGUCGUGGGGGUCUGUAAGGAGUCCUUCCCCAGGAAAAGGCCUAGGGGCAGCAACAGUACUUUUCAACAGUACUCAGUGCAGGACGGAUUAUGGGGAGUUGGGCUAAACUACUGGGAAAAUUAUUUUGCACUGGGCCGUGAGAAAAUCAGUCUUCUGCCCAGUGUAGCACCUAAUAGGGUUGGAAUUUUUUUAGACUCUGAAAUGCAUGAGGUUUCAUUUUACAAUUUGCGUGAUAAGUCCCUGCUGUACAGUUUUAGCGACUGUGCUAGCGGUGCCCUUUGGCCUUAUUUCUACGUUGGAUAUCACUUCACACCCCUGAAGAUCUGCACAGUCGAAGAACCUGAGCCGUAAGAAGCCAACACAACCAGC